AAUCAAAGGAAGUUGCAAAUUUUGAAAAAUUUCAGAGGAAAUUUAUUCACUCGGGUGUGGAAGUUCGAAAUGUCUCUAUGCCGUACCAGAAAAACGGCAUAACGGAAAUAUUCUUCUUUUAUCAAGGCAUCACUCUUGCAGACCCUUUCCUUGAUAGUUUGAAGAACUGCUUGAAUGGAUAUCAACAGGCAAUUCUUCCUGCACCAGCCACUUCGGUGUACUGCUGUGAAGAUCAAAUUCAACUAAUGCAGGAGAUUCAACGCCUUUUUCUGCAUUACCAGAUGAGGAAGGGAUCCUUGAAUGUGAAUUUCGUAGCAGCAGAAUCGGCUCGGCUCCAUCAACCCUAUAUGAUCACGAUUUGCGAAGGUCGAGGAGAAACUCCUCAAGUCUUCAUCCCUCCAGCAGAACCGUCCAAUCUCCGAGUUUGGCUUUCGCUGGAUGGAGAAGGCAUUGAAGUGCAGUGGAAUAAGCCAACCAUCGGAUGCGAUUACGUCGACAAGUUUAUUGUAUGGGUGAAAGGCUGGAGCGACCCCCCCGAACAGUGGAAGAUUGGCACAUCUGUGGCAUCACCACCUGCUGUAAUAUCUGGACUUGUUCCUGGAGAGAGAUAUCUUUUUGCGGUAUCUGCAUCCAGCCGUCUCGGUUUAGGACCACCUAGUCCAACAGUUAGUUGGGACUUCCCAAUUAUUCCAGGAAUGAAAAAGAUGUCAAUCUCCCGGAGGCCCAUGGAAUGUUCGCUGGCGCAAAAGAUGAAGAAGAAGUGGAAGUUAUCUGGCAGUAUCAUUGAGGUCCCACGGAGGAAAGUGAUGGAAGCCGAUGAACGUCGAUUGGCCAAGUAUGAAAUAGGCAACAGGAUGAUGGGUAGUGGGCCGACGAAAGUACUUCUAGUCGUUGGAGCCACUGGUGCAGGAAAGAGUACACUCAUCGACGGGAUCAUCAAUUACGUGUAUGGAGUGAAAUGGGAGGACGAUUUCCGAUUCAAACUAAUAAAAGAUAAAGCUGGUGAUGAGAAAAUAUCCCAAUCCCAUAGUCAGACCAAAUGGAUCACCGCAUAUGUCCUUCACAAGGAAGAAGGAUUCGCUCUUCCAUAUACUUUGACAAUCAUCGAUACUCCAGGGUUUGGAGACACUACGGGUAUACAGGCGGAUCAGGAAUUGAUGAAUCAGCUCAGGGUAUUCUUCUCGAAUGGAGGGGGUUUCGGCGUAGAUCAGCUUGACGGAAUCUGUUUUGUCGUCCAAUCUGCCUUGGUACGACUAACCUGCACUCAACUGUAUAUUUUCAACUCCAUAUUGUCCGUGUUUGGAAAAGACGUCCAAAAUAGUUUCUACGUGCUCGUCACAUUUUCGGAUAACAAAACCCCACCGGUCCUGGAGGCCAUCAAGACUGCCAAGAUUCCUUACAAGGAGUACUUCAGGUUUAACAAUUCCGCUCUAUUUCCAGAGAAAAAAGAUGCCGAACUUGGGAAAACGUAUUGGGAAAUGGGUAUCUCAUAUUACAAGAAAUUUUUUAAAGCUUUCGAAGAAAGUACACCUGUUAGCCUGACACUGACGAAGAAAGUGCUGAAAGAGAGAAAACGCUUAGAGGCAGCCCUUCAAGGAAUCCAACCGCAAAUCACCGCAGGUUUGGGAAGACUUGAACACCUGAGGCAAGAACAUGCAACCUUGAAACAGCAUGAGGCAGAUCUUGAAGCCAAUAAGAACUUUGCCUACAAAGUCAAAAUUCAGAAACAGUUGAAGGCAAACCUGAGUAUCGGCGAAUACGUCACAAAUUGCUUGAAAUGUAAUUUUACCUGCCAUUAUCCUUGCACCGUGCCAAAUGACGACCGUAAAGGAGACUGUGACGUAGUUGACUAUGAGACGGGUAAAUGCAUGGUCUGUCCUUUGAAGUGCCAUUGGCAGCAACAUUUCAACAAUCCGUACCGCUUCGAAAUUAUAGAGGAAGAGGUGACAAGGACCUCAAAUGAGUUGAAAGAAAAGUAUGAGCGUGCAGCAGGAGAAAAGCUAAAUGCCCAAGGGAUUGUGAAGCAACUCAUCAAAGAAUUCAACCAGGAAAGAGCGAAAGUUCUAGAACUCACGAACAGGGCACACGAUUGCUUGCAAAGACUCGAUAAAAUAGCCUUGAAACCGGAUCCAUUGGGAGUAACCGAAUACAUAGACGUGUUGAUUGAGGCAGAAAGACGAAGUGCUUGUCCUGGCUUCUCCCAGAGGAUCAAAUACCUGGAAGAUACACGGGGUAAGGCGGAACUAGCCGCGAAGCUCAAGGGUGAAUUCGACCCUUUCAAGGAAUACAUGAAAGAAUUUGAGAAAGAGGGUUUCAACAUAUGCAUAUUUGACCCUGAUCCUGAUGUCAACGACGUUCCUGAGAUGGCAUCCACAUCCACCGAACGGGAACAUCGAAUGGAACAGUUGAAGGUGAAGACAAAAAUGGUGACGAACAAGAUUGGAGAAGCCGUUCGAUCAGGGAAAUCUCGUCUGAACGAGGCACUUCAGAGAAAGAAAACUCAUUCACCAUCUACGGAAUCCGAAGCACUUGAAAUAAAAGAUUAG